AUGAUUAUUGACUGGAUAAGAGAAGAGAACAGCUACAAACAGAUGUAUGAGUUGAAUAAUUGUAAGUUCUAUAAUUUAAUAUCUAGUUAUAAAGAAGGGUAAUUGCGAUUCAAAAGAGCCAUAGAGUGGGAUGAAUUACAAUAAAAGUUGA